AUGUUCCCGCUCCUGAUGCCGCCUCUACAGCCGCCGCUGACGCUGACGACUCCCGAGUCAGGAGCUCCCGACGCAGUUCCACCUGCGGAAGCGGCAGAGACGUCGGGCGACGCGCUGCCGAGUUAUUUACCUGCAGGUGCCGAGUCGCUCGCGCUCGGGACGUCGUUCGGGGGCGCCGACGGCUUUGGCCUCUUGUCCGGCAGCUCGACACUGCCCGCUGCCGUGUCGGCGCCAGCCACGAGUGGCGGCGGUGGGGUGUUCAACAUGGACGACGACGUGCCGAAGCGCAAACGCGGGCGCCCGCCGAAAAAAGACGUGGCGGCCCGCGCCAAAGGGGACGUCGAGAAGGCGCUCAAGCAGCAGCAGCAGCAGCAACUACCGUUCUGGGGCUACGGGCUCCCGAUGCCGCUCUUGCCGGGCUUUCCGCCGGCCAUGCUCUCGGGCAUGUCGAAUCCAGGGGCUGUGGUGCUCAAGGACCCCAGUGCGGCAGCUGCAGCUGCGUGUGAGGACGAGCUGCUGGCGCAGCACGAAGGAGACGUCGAGCGGCCGUCCAAGCCGGCCAAGAAGAAGCAGCGGGGGACGGGCAAACCGCGGGGUCGGCCCCGCACGCGGCCCCGUCCGGGCGAGCUGAUCCGACGCGUCAAGCCGCUGCCCAUUGCCCCGGCCAACUUCUCCGUCAUGUACAACUACUCGCUGUCGAACUUGGCGCACAAGAGCGCAGAGCUGCAUGGCGACGGCACGACGGCCGGCACGGACGACGCACAGGAUCGGGGCCUGGCGUCGCUGCUGUCGGGCGAGCACGAGUAA